AUGCGGAAAGGGCGAGCAGUGGCAGUUGGCUUUGGCGCUACUCAGCGAGAUGUGGCAGGCGAAGCUGGAGCCCACUUCAGCUACAACGCUGCGACCAGCGCGUGCGAGAAGGGCAAGCGGUGGCAGCAGGCGCUGUUGCUGAUCAGCGAGAUGCAACAGGCAAAGCUGGAGCCCGACGUCAUCCGUUACAGCGCCGGGAUCAGCGCGUGCGAGAAGGGCGAGCAGUGGCAGCGUGCACUGGCGCUUCUCAGCGAGAUGCGGCAGGCGAAGCUGGAGCCCAAUCUCAUCACUUACAAUGCUGGGAUCAGCGCGUGCGAGAAGGGCGAGCAGUGGCAGCGGGCUUUGGGGCUUCUCAGUGAAGUGUGGGAGGCGAAGCUUGAGCCCAGCGUCAUCCUACAACGCUGGGAUCAGCGCGUGCGAGAAGGGCAAGCAGUGGCAGCGGUCUUUGGCGCUGCUCAGCGAGAUGCGAGGGGCGAAGCUGAAGCCAGACUCUCUCCUACAACGCAGGGGUCAGCGCGUGCGAGAAGGGCGAGGAGUGGCAGCGGGCUUUGGCGCUGCUUGUCGACAUGUGGGAGUCGAAGCUGA